GUCCAAGCGCAGCGGGAGAUUUUUAAGCGGGUCAGGCUGAGACGGCAGCCAAUCAAUACCCCGGAAAUUGUGCCCUAAGAUUUCGACCGUAUUGUCCUUAGCAAAAGCGGUCACCACCCACACAAAAUCUUCCCCUUCGGAAUUUCUCGAGUCGUCUCAAUUCGCAACACCCAACUCCGGUCGUUCAGCCCCAAAUACCGCCAAAAUGAAGCUGAACAUUUCGUACCCUGCGAACGGCUCGCAGAAGCUGAUCGAGGUCGAGGAUGAGCGCAAGCUCCGUCACUUCAUCGAGAAGCGCGUAAGUUUUCCCGACACAUCGACGACACAUCGAAACCAACUACGAUGACCGAACCCGAAACUGACACGUCGACUAUAGAUGGGCGCUGAGGUCCCCGCCGACCCCCUUGGUGACGAGUGGAAGGGCUACAUCCUCCGCAUCACCGGCGGUAACGACAAGCAGGGUUUCCCCAUGAAGCAGGGUGUCAUUGCCCCCAACCGUGUCCGCCUUCUCCUUUCCGACGGCCACUCCUGCUACCGUGCCCGCCGCACCGGUGAGCGCAAGAGAAAGUCCGUCCGCGGUUGCAUCGUCGGCUCUGAUCUCUCCGUCCUUGCCCUCGCCAUCGUCAAGCAGGGCGAGCAGGACAUCCCCGGCCUUACCGAUGUCGUCCACCCCAAGCGUCUCGGCCCCAAGCGCGCCACCAAGAUCCGCCGCUUCUUCGGCCUCAGCAAGGAUGACGAUGUCCGCAAGUACGUCAUUCGCCGCGAGGUCCAGCCCAAGGGUGAAGGCAAGAAGCCCUACACCAAGGCUCCCAAGAUCCAGCGCCUCGUCACUCCCCAGCGCCUCCAGCACAAGAGACACCGUCUCGCUCUCAAGCGCCGCCAGGCCGAGAAGGUCAAGGAGGAGGCUUCUGAGUACGCCCAGAUCCUCGCCAAGCGCAUCGCUGAGGCCAAGGUCCAGAAGGCCGAUGCCCGCAAGCGCCGCGCCUCCUCCAUGCGCAAGUAAGCGUUCGGAGUCAGGUGUGAUGGAUGAUAUCCGGUUGCUUUCACGAAUUCGGUCAUGGCGCGGUUAUCUGUUGACUCGACCGGGGGGCAUGUUUGUUGUGUGUACCUGAGCACCCAUUAAAAAAGGGCUUUCCACGACAACCAACCAGGAAUUGAGUCUUCAAUGAGUUGAUACCAAAACCAACGAGCAGCGCUUCGCUUCGGGUUCGCGUUAUACGGAAUAAUAUGACGGGGACCCUUUUGAUACCAAUACUCCCGCCUGAUCAUUGACAUAUUUGGGGAAGGGGGCAACUGAGGUAGAUUCACAAUCAACAAUGGGUCUGAAUUGUUCGCUUCAUAUGGGGUUCCUUUGGCGCGCUUCUCUUUGUGAAUUCAUGUCCGUGUAAGGAUGUGGGAGCAACGUGCGGCAAGGAGCAGGUUUUUAAAAGUUGUCAUGACAUUCAUAUCCAAAGCAAGCAAGUGGCAUUAUAUCACAUGCAAUUCUUUGUCAAAACCUCAUUGCUAUUCUUCAAGUCCACUCUAGCGUACAGUUCCUGGUACCUGUCUACAAAAGAUGUGACGGCCCAGAAAUUCUUAACGUCCAGUGGCGAACUCCAAGAAUGGCCUCCGUCUAUAAAACGGAAAACACAAUUGAUCCACUAGCAAUACACAACGUAGUAAUUCAUUAUCAGACCUAACACCUCGUCGCUUUCGAACAUCUCACAAAAGCAAACAAUCCCAAGUCAUGAUUGAAUCGGAGUUCCAUUGAAUGAAAGUCCGCCGCUUGGUACAUAAAGCAUACAUAGAAGCAGAGUCACCUACCUAGUUAGUUAGGUUCGUAGUGUCGAUAUAAUUUACUAUUUGAC